AUGAAGCCGGCUGGUCUGAUGAUAUUCUGCUCUUUGCUGACGAGGACGCUAUGUGUUAUAGCACCACAAAUACCAGAUUUCCAAACUGGUGACAAAAAGAUUAUCAAAGGUCCGUUCUGGCACGAAGUGUUUACGGAAGUAUACGAAGAUCCCGAGGAAGAGGUUUCUACGACAACUUCGGAGCCGCUUCCAUUUUUCGAAGAUGACCCUUCAACUAACAACGUUACAGCGCAGCUGGGGAGCACAGUACAUCUUCAUUGCAGAGUACACGACUUGGGAGAUAAGACAAUAUCUUGGGUUCGACGUCGGGGCGAAGAAAUCCACCUCCUAUCGUUCGGCCGCCACACUUACUCGGCCGAUUCUAGAUACUCGCUUGCCUUCGAGCAGCCAAAUAACUGGCGACUGUUAAUACAGUACGCGAGUGAGCGAGACGAGGGGUACUACGAGUGCCAAGUUUCGACACAUCCGCCGUUGGUUCGACGUGUACAUCUAUCAGUUGUGGUUCCAAAAGUAGAGAUAAUCGACGAGCGUGGCAGACCACUUCAGGACAAGUUCUACAAAGAAGGUUCUAUCAUAGAGCUGCGUUGCAUCGUAAGCGAGGUGCCUCAGCCGUCACGCCAAGUAAACUGGAAGCACGGCUCUAGAUUGUUGAAUUACGACACAAAACGUGGUGGUGUAAGUGUGAAAACUGAAACAACUUCGAAUGGGGCUCUAUCGCGGCUCUACAUAGCAAACGCAAACAGAAAAGACUCUGGCAACUACACAUGCUCUUUGGCUGAUUUUGCUGCCUCUGCCGUAUCUGUGCAUGUAUUGAGAGGCGAAAAUCCUCUGGCGAUGCAGCGUGGCGGUGUCGCCGGGAUCGCGCGACCAGUAACGGCCCUCCUGUGUGCAUACAUCAGC